UCGGUCGCGCUGCUGCCGUCGCUCUCGUGGCGGCUCGUUCGAACCGAAUUGUGAUACCGAGACUUAGUUUAGCUUGCGUUUACCUCUCGUCUCCGCUCGGGUCAGUUAGGCUCGCGCUUUCAAGCCGCCAGCACCGUGUGUUCUCUUUUUCUCUCUCUCUUCUCUGUCUGUCUGUCUGUCUGUCUGUCUCCCUCUUUCUCUCUCUCUCUCUCUCUCUCUCUCUCUCUCUCUGUCUCUCUCCUUUUCUCUCUUCCUCUGUCCGUCCCGUAAUCGCUCUCUCGUGUAAUUCGCCUACAUCCCUCUACGUUGACCGCGUUUUUCGCGGAUUUUCUCGGUAUUUUUCCCUCUCCUACCUUGCUCGCGGUGCGAUCAGUUUCCGGCUGCUUCGAGGCACAUGCGAUCCGACGCUCGUCGAAGAAGAUAGUCCUCGAUUUGGACCCGACCGAGGCUCACCGUUUUCGAGAUGUGGACCGUACACUGCCAGAAUUUAGUGUUCAUCGCCUGUGUGUUCCUGCCCUCGCUCGUGAGAGGCAUUCCGGAUUACUCUGGGCUGCCGCCGGGGCCAUACUGCGCCUCGAGGUAUCCUGGGGGCAGUUGCUGCCCAGGACGACAGGACGACUGCAGCGCGCCGAUCCUCACGACGCUAUGCUAUUGUGAUGAUUUCUGCGAUCGAGACCGUGAAGAAGACUGCUGUCCGGAUUACUGGCAGCACUGCAGGGGCAUCGUGCCAAACGUCACAUCACCGCCCGAGGAGAUAAGAAGAUGCUUCUUCCAAGGGAAAGAGUAUAAUCAUGGACAAACGUUAAGAGUUAACUGCAACACAUGCAAAUGCUCCUCGCUCGGCAAGCGCGCCGAAGUGCUCUGCGAGGAGAACCGAUGCUUGAUCGAGCCGGAGUUAAUGGAGGAGGUCAACUUGCAAGGACCGACCUUGGGAUGGCAAGCGGGCAAUUAUUCCGAAUUCUGGGGAAGGACACUGCGGGACGGCGUGGAGCUACGCCUGGGUACUCUCAAUCCGUCGCAAUCCAUGUACAAGAUGAACCCGGUGCGACGUAUUUACGACCCGGACGCGUUGCCGCGGGAAUUCGACGCCAGAACACGCUGGCCGCGCGACAUAUCCGGCAUUCACGAUCAAGGAUGGUGCGGCGCGUCCUGGGCCGUCUCGACAGCCGACGUCGCGUCCGACCGAUUCGCGAUUAUGAGCAAGGGCGCCGAAGACGUAGAGCUGAGCGCGCAGCAUCUACUCUCUUGCAACAACAGAGGACAGCAAGGCUGCCGAGGCGGAUAUCUGGAUCGAGCCUGGCUCUUCAUGAGAAAAUUCGGAUUGGUGGACAAGGAGUGCUAUCCUUGGACCGGUAGGAAUGACCAAUGUAGACUACGCAAACGAAGCAACCUAAAUGUCGCCGGCUGUAGAAAGCCGCCAAACCCGCUGAGACAGGAAUUGUACAAGGUCGGCCCGGCCUAUCGUCUAGGUAACGAAACCGACAUUAUGCAGGAGAUCCUGACUUCUGGACCCGUGCAAGCUACCAUGAGAGUCUACCAGGACUUCUUUGUUUACAAGAACGGAGUGUACAGGCACUCUCGCAGCGCAGAACUGCAUGAUUCCGGUUACCACUCAAUGAGAAUCAUCGGAUGGGGCGAGGAGCCGUCUUAUCGCGGCCCACCGCUCAAAUACUGGCUAGUCGCGAACUCCUGGGGACGCCACUGGGGCGAGAACGGACUUUUCAGGAUUCAGAGGGGAACGAACGAGUGCGAGAUCGAAUCGUAUGUGCUGGCGGUUUGGGCUAAGACAAUAUAAAGAACACGAAGAUACCAAAGUACUAGAAUACCCGAUUGUCAUAAUCACUGUUGGUGCAUUUAUUGAAUCUCUCGGUCAGUCGGUCGAUCGGUCGAUCGGUCAGUUGGUCGGUUGGUAGCCCGCAACGGCGUACUUACGCCGUGUGGACGAGGAACAAUAUGUCGAUAUUGGAAAGUAUGUGAUCCAUGUGCCUCCGUAUACGCCUUAUUAAACGUAAGAUCGGGAGGGCCGAGGAGGGCCACUCAUAGAUAUUUAACGUAAGUACGACCGCGCGCACAUAAUCGAGAGAGCGCCUCCCCGUCGUUAUUUCCUCGGUCGUAUUACUCGUAG